GCAUUUGACGUUUUUCAUUUAAAUUUGAUGGAUGACACUGUGCCCUGACACCCUUUUAAUUUUUUUUGUGCGAUGGCAGAAAACCUGAAAAGACGGCCCAAGAAAAGUAUUUUAAAAAAUUCUAGUAGUUUUGACAAACAAGAACAACAAAAUGCAAAAAAACAAAAAGAAACGAAAUGGGAUGAAAUGAAUAUAAUAGCGACUCUUCAUCCUGCCGAUAAAGAUUAUGGUCAUAUGAAAAUACAAGAACCUAAAACGCCGUAUAAUUAUAUGGAAGAAGAUACUAUUGAGGAACUAGAUGCGAGUGAAUUAGCAGAAAGGAUAAGAAUAGCAAGACAACAAACUCCUAAGGUAUUACAACCUGACGAAUCCGACGACGAUUCGGAAGAGGAAUUGACGGAGGAACAAAAAAAGAAAAAGAAGGAAUUCGAAUUAAAAAGGAAAAAACAUUAUAACGAAUUUCACGCGUUACAAUUGGCGAAAAAACUUUUAGAAGAAGACGAAGAUGAUGACGACGAUCCACAGGAACAAGGUACCAGCAGUAAAGCGGCUACUGGAUCUAAUCCAGCUAGUAAGAAAAAGUAA